AUGCGCGACGCUGAGGGCGGCGGGAUGGCGCUGUGGCGGGGGCUGCGCUGCUGCCGCCGCGCCUUCGCCUGGGUGCCCGUGCUGCUCAUCGCGCUGCUCCUGCUCUGGUCCUACUACGCGUACGUCUGCGAGCUCUGCCUCGUGACUGUGAGCAACCCUGUGGAGAAAGUGGCCUAUCUUGUAGUAUUCCAUAUUCUCUUUGUGCUCUUUGUGUGGACAUACUGGAAGUCUGUUUUCACUCUCCCAAUACAGCCAGGCAAAAAGUUCCACAUGUCCUACGCUGACCAGGAGCGCUACGAGAGCGAGGAGCGGCCCGAGGUGCAGCGGCAGAUCCUCGCCGAGAUCGCCAGGAAGCUGCCGGUGUACACGAGGACAGGGAAUGGAGGGAUUCGGUUCUGUGACAGAUGCCAGCUGAUCAAACCUGACCGUUGUCACCACUGCUCUGUUUGUGCCAUGUGUGUGCUAAAAAUGGAUCAUCACUGUCCAUGGGUGAAUAACUGCAUUGGAUUUUCUAACUACAAAUUCUUUCUACUGUUCUUAGCCUAUUCUUUGUUGUAUUGCUUGUAUAUUGCUGCAACAGUCUUCAAGUAUUUCAUUAAGUAUUGGACAGGUGAGCUGACCAAUGCACGCUCCAAAUUCCACAUCCUUUUCCUUCUCUUUGUGGCAAUCAUGUUCUUUGUGAGCCUCAUGUUCCUGUUUGGCUACCAUUGCUGGCUGGUCAGCAGGAACAGAUCCACUCUGGAGGCUUUCUCAGCUCCAGUGUUUCAAAAUGGCCCAGAUAAAAAUGGAUUCAAUCUUGGCUUUGUGAAGAACCUCCAGCAAGUGUUUGGGGAAGAAAAAAAGCUCUGGUUGCUGCCUAUUGCCUCUAGCCAGGGGGAUGGACAUUUUUUCCCCAUGAGAACCUUGAGUGAAGCUCGGAACCCUCUCCUGGCAAAUGAGGAGCAGUGGGAAGAGGAUGGAAUAGAUGAAGAGCCUCAGGGUUCUGGUGAGGCCCCAUCCCUUGCCAUAGAAAAGGAGACAUAGCAGUGUGAGCACACAGUGGUGGAAAGCUGCAUCAGAAAGCUUCUCUCUCAGGAGCCAACAUCCCUUCUCUUGGCAAGGACUUCAGUUUUGAGGGGCAGAAAACAGGUGGAUCUUCAAGAUGAGAAAAUAUCCUGAAGUAUUGUCUGAUGGGAAUCUGCAUUCCAGAGUGCUUCUCCAGGAAUCCUGCUGUCCAGAUGUCCCAAGGCUUUAUAAAUUUAAGUUACAGAGUUAACAGAACAAUUUUACAGAGUGAUUUUGGCCAAUCUUCUUUGGCCUGCUCUCUUUAUUUUAUAAAUACUAUCUAUUUUUUAUUCAGAAUAGGUACAGAUGUUGAUGCGAGUGCGUUCCGAAGGCCUUUUCAUUUUGCAAACAUCAGGGACUCGAGCUCUUGAAAUUCUUCCAAGCCAUAAUAUUCUUGGGGAUGGUUAUUUAUUUUGAGGCUGAUUCUCCAACCUUCUCUGACAAGUGGCAUUUUCUCAUGUAUUUAAAUUCUGAGUGAGUUCAGCUCAAUGCAAGACAGACCCAGUUAAAUCUGGCACUAAAUUUGGAGCUGAAUGUAAAAGUGUUGAAAGCAAAAGCACUGAACAUGCACAUGUACAUGUGCAGCUGUGAGUGAAAAUAAAAUAUUCACAUUGCCAGUAUCAAGAUUCAAGAAUAUUGUGGCCAUAGAUUUUUUAAAACUUUUUUAGGGGGGGUGUUAUUUUCCUGGUGUUUGGGUUAUAGUGCUCUUGCAUCCCACUUGCAGGCUUCUAAAAUGCAAAAGGGAACUUCAGACAGUCCAGUUUGCAUUAAUUCCUAGGGUUAAAAUAUCAUCUCAUUCCUGGAUCAGUGUUUGAUGGAGAUUUGUGUGUUCACGGAGUCAGAAAGGAAGAUGUGAAUUUGAAAUAUGCACUGAAAGUUUGGCUCCAAGAGUCAUGUUUGGAGUUUCACUCCACAGGGGUGGCUUUAGCCCCAAAAUACUGAAGACACAAUUGAUGAAUUGAAUUUUUUCACACUUCUUCCCAGCUCAGUGCACUGAGUGGCUUCAGGGGUUUCUGCACUAAGAGGUGGUCAGAUUUGUUUCUGCAUUUUGCUGCAUUUACAAAGAGGUGAAUCCCUGUUUCUGUUCUGGGGCAUGGAACUGAGACAUGGCUGGCUGGAUUAUGGAUCUUUUUCUAGACCUGAGUCCUUUUUUUUUAAUCUGCAUGAUUCAGCCCAGUCCAUCAUUCUUGUUUGAAUUAGGUGCAUGCUAAAAGUAUUGGUGUACUGCCUCUAAGAUCAUUUAGUACCAUUUUCUAUCCCAUUUUUGUGUUUAUCAGCCCACUGGUGUUGGCAGUGACUACAGGAGCAGCUGUGCAUGACAGGAGAAAGGGGCUGAUGAGUGAGGUUGGUGGUGGAGGCUUUGCCUACAGAAUAAACCCCUUUUUCCUCUGUUCCUCUGCUGCAGGGAUGUGUUUGUGAGCCAGGAGAGCCUUGCAGGGGUUCCUUCCCUAAGAGAAGGUGUUUCACUCCUGGCUGAUCCAUGCCCUGGGAUGGAAUUUUGUCCCUCAGCCUCUGCAGUUUGUGUGGAGCAGUGCUGACCUCCCUGGGAUGUGUCACUGCUGAAUUUGGUUGUGAGGGGCCCAGGUGGGCUGGCCCAGGCUCCUGUGGGUUUGUCUCUCCUCAGGGGGGCCCUGAACACUGAAAAUGUUCCUAUUCAGCCACCUGAGCCCCAUCUGUUGAGUGGCUCUGUCACCAAACGGCUGCUGAGUGCUGGAAGGGUUCUUCCUGUCAAUCUAAAGCUGCAUUUCUGAUGUAAAUCUGGUGUUGGACCUUGUGCUGUGUGUGAUGCGAGGUGGCAGCUGAAUGAAUCCCCUCAUUCCUGGCAAAAUGUGCUCUGGAGGGGGAGCUUGAGAGGAUGAUGGCAGCUAAACACAGCCAGAAUUUAGCACCUACAGAGGUGCUAUUUGUGCCUUUAAAAACUUUAAAUUCCUUGUAUAUAAAACCAGGAAGGUGAUUUGGUGACUUUCUGUUUCUUCCUGCCAGCUGAAGUGUAUUUUCCCAGAGCUUGUGUGGAUUUACAGGAGUUUUCUGAGCAGGCUCUUGUGCCCUUCCUGGCUUUGGCUCUGGUUCCAGCCCUGCCAUUGUUUGAGUUGUUUCUGUGCCAGGCAGGAACAGGGAGCUGUGCAGGAGCUCCCCUGCCUGCUGCUGCUGCUGCUCUGAAAAUCAGGGUUUGUCUUCUCAUACUAAGGCAGAUAUCUUUGUGAUGGCACAGGUACCAAGCUCAGAUUGAAAAAGGGUUUUAAAUGUUUCCAAGUAACUUUUAUUCACUUUUCUUGUAAUUAAUUGUGGUCAUCUCUUCCCUUUCCUUCAAAGCAGCUCAGCUUCCUGUGGUUGGAACAAACUCUUGUUAGAACAACACAAAGUUUAUUACUUCAGAGCCACUUCUCAAUAUCCACACCUCAGGUGCUGGAAAGCUUAAUGAAAUGUGAAACAAACCCAAAAGUUGUGUAAAAUGAGGCAGAACAAAAUAGGAAAACCCCACAUGUCUGAGUGAGCAGCUCCAUUUUAUCCCCUUCUGCUCACUUAAGGUGAUAUCCUUAUUUUACCCUGACCUUUGUCCUUUUAAUGCUGAGUAAAUGCACUGGAAAGCAGAAAUUCCUCAGG